AGUCAUCCUUAGUGAGCGAGAACAGUGCUGGUGUUUCCCUGGAGCAUUUAGGAAAGGUGCUUAGUUAAUCAGCCACAAUGUGUGACCAGUUUUCAGGAACGUGGAAGUUGGUUUCUAGUGAGAACUUUGAUGAUUACAUGAAAGAACUCGGCGUGGGCUUUGCUACUAGGAAGAUUGCUGGUGUUGCCAAGCCUAAUGUCAGUAUCAGUUGCAAUGGGGAUGUCAUAACCAUCAGAACAGAGAGCACUUUCAAGAACACGGAGAUCAGCUUCAAGCUGGGAGAAGAGUUUGAUGAGACGACAGCGGACGAUAGGAAAGUAAAGAGUCUUGUGACACUAGACAAUGGAUGUCUCAAUCACAUGCAGAAAUGGGAUGGGAAACAGACUACGAUUAAAAGAAAGAUAGCUGAUGGAAAGCUGAUUGUGGAGUGCACAAUGAACAAUGUGGUCUCCACCAGAAUAUAUGAAAAGGCAUAAAGACUCUUGCCACCUGAUGGAUAGGACUUUGAGGUGGAAGAUAAAUCUCGGUUCACAGGGCAACAGCCCUGCAAGACUAAUUGUUUCCAAGAACUGACUUAUUUACUGGCUAGCUCCAGAGCAGCCUUGUAUCAUCUGAAGUAUUGUGGUUAUUCAAUAAAAUGCU